GGAGGUAGUACAGGCCAACUGUGUCCGCUGGAAGAAAAAGUUCUUAUUUCUGUGUAAAAUCAGCGCCAGUGCCACAACAGGGAUUCUGGAUGCUUGCAUUUGCAGGGUGUCUGUGAGGAAGGAGUUAAAAGGCGGAAAAGCGUAUGCAAAGCUGGGAUUUGCAGAUUUAAAUCUAGCAGAGUUUGCUGGAUCAGGAAAUACCACUCGUCGCUGUUUACUGGAAGGUUAUGAUACCAAAAAUACAAGACAGGAUAACUCCAUUCUCAAAGUUUUGAUCAACAUGCAGCUAAUGUCUGGAGACCCAUGCUUUAAAAUGCCUCCUUCCACAGCAACGUCCAUACCAAUUGCUGGAGAAUCAGAAUCUUUGCAUGAAGACAGGAAAGGUGGAGAAAACUUAAAAGUACUACCUCUGGGCAUGGCAGAUAUCUCCACAAAGAGUGCCUCAGUUCCAGAUGAACUUGGUGCGUGUGGACAUUCCAGGACAUCAAGCUAUGCAAGUCAGCAGUCAAAACUGUCAGGAUACAGCACAGGUCACUCCAGAUCAUCCAGCCUGUCCGACCUCUGCCACAGGAGAAACGCCUCGGUGGGUAGUACCUCCACAGGAACUGGGAGUAUGGAAGAGACUGAGCCAAAAGUAACCAAGGCUAAUACUGAUACAGCUGGUAAAGACGCAUCACCAGAAAAACUCUGCAGACAUCCUGUAAAGCAAGACUCUGUGGAGUCACAGCUGAAGAGGGUCGACGCUACCAGAGUCGAUGCUGAUGAUGUAAUUGAAAAAAUACUCCAGAGUCAAGACUUCAGUUUAGACUCCAGUGCAGAAGAAGAAGGCUUAAGAUUAUUUGUGGGUCCUGGUGGAAGCACUUCUUUUGGAAGCCAUCAUCUACCUAACAGAGCAGGAUCUGGAGCAUAUGAACAAGUGGUGAUAAAACGCUAG